GAGAGAGAGAGAGAGAGAGAGAAAAGUCCACACCUUGAGGAAGUUAACAGCAAAACAGAAGAAGACCAAAAGACAUCAUCAUAUUUAAGAAUGGGGCUUGUGCAAUACUUUGUGAUUGUCUUGAUUUCUUCGGCACAGCUGGUGUUCACCUCCCCGCUGGAUUACACUGCCAGUGGCGGACAGCGUACAAUGUGCCCUGCAGGUAAGUAUCAGAAGUCUGGCGCAGAGUGUCAGCCAUGUCCUGCCGGAAGCUUCACAACUGACUGGAACCUAGAUGACAGCUGCCACCGCUGCUUCACAGACUGCAGAUCAGAUUAUCACCUGAAGGUGGUUCAGGGCUGCACCAGCACGUCCGAUAUAAAGUGCGUCUGUGAGGCCGGUUUCAAAUGCACCAAGAACAUCACAUACACCGAGAACUGUGGAUACUGUGUCAAGAUCCAGCAAACGACCACAGCCGCAACAGAUGUGAUCUUGGGAAACGAUGAGCAGACUCCUUCCAUCAAUUCCUCAGGACAAAGCAGCUCCCAUGCCAAACCUUGUCAACUUCUCAUAUGUGGCCCUAAACCAACACUCGCAGGCGUGAAGAGCAGUCAGCUGGCAGCCAUCUUGAUUCCAGUGGUUGUUGUGGGAUGUGUGGCUCUCGUGGUCCUGUUCUGCGUCCGUCAACCAGGAGAUGAAACAUGUUUCAAGCGAGCUAUUGCAAAGCUAUGUAAUGAGGGAAGACGGGCUUCUGGUUCUUUCAAGUCAAAGGAGUCAAGUCACCAGUUCCCCAGAGACUCAUUCAUAGCAAAGCAGCAGCCACCUCCCCUCGCAGCAGCCAAUCUGGGUCCAGUCCAUGUCCACAACCCGGGGACGGUCAUCUUCAGCUUGAUCAGCCAGUUUACAGGACAAGUCGGUUCGACAACUGAAGGUGCGAAGGCGGCUGAAAGAGUGGGCGCCGAAGAAGACGAGGAAAGAGACGGUCCUGUGUGUCACCCGACGUCCUCUCCCAGUGUUCAUCUGUCCGAGGAGGAGAGGAGCGGGGAGAUGGAAAACAUAUUCUUCCCCUCGCAGGAGCAGGGGAAGGACUACCACGUGUCCAAAGAGGAGGAGGAGCUAUGAUGCAUCGCAGCAUUCCCAGAGGAUUUGUGUUGAUGGUUAUGACCAUGACUCCAAACACAGGAAGGAAUUAUAUAACUGUGGAACUACAGAUGGGUGUGGAGCACAUUUUAUCGUCCUCUGACAAACUGUCAGGGGAUUACAGUGCUCUACGGGGACAUUAUCUCCUGCAGGCUCUGGGAAAAAAGACAUACGCACCAGAAACUGACAAACAGCUGGAAAAAGCUUCUGAAUACUCUUUGAAAAACUCUGUCAUCCCUCCCUAGUUAGUAUCAGACCUGGAUUUUGUAUGUCUUUUACAAUUAAUAGACAUUUUAAUUUCAAUAAAAGUUUAUUUUGAGUA